UUCGGGGAUUUGAUUGAUCAGAAAUCUCGUUACAAAUCUGACCUUUACCUUAACCUUGAUUUAAAAGUGAGGUUCCACGGACGACUUGCAUAUCGAACUCAAGUUGUCCGCUAGGAUUCUCCAGUACACGAAGCCAAAAUGGCGCAGGUAGAACGACGAAAAAACCGCAAGAAGCGAGAAAAAGAUGAGGACCUCCAGGAAGAUAAGCCCAGUAAAGUUGAAUACGAAGUGGCACGCUACCUUCGAGAUAAACUGCCCGUAAAGAAGACAUCUUUACUAGAACACAAAGUAGAAUAUUUCAAUGCGGCCAGAUCGGUGGACUGUCUCCUGGAUUCACCUUGGGCAACGGGAAAGGGAAAAAAAGAAAAACUUUUUACGACGCGGGAAUCCGUCGUGGAAUUCAUGAACAUCCUGCUGAGACACAAAUUUUUCCAUCGAGCAAAGAAGAUCAUCAUUACAAAAACAAAGAAGAAAAAGGACGAAAGCGAAGGAAGUACACCUAAAGUCAUCAAGGAGAAGAAAUCUGUCAGUGCUUCGGGAGGAGAGGACUCUAAAGAAGCAGAAGAGAAAAAGGACGUAGAAGAAAAGAAGAAGAGAUUAAAACUAGACAUGCACCUGGAUCAAAUCUUUGUGGAUGCAAACGAGCCCUAUGUUUGGAUUUAUGACCCCGUUCCACUGAAGGCUUGGAUUAUUGGUGCUUCACUUGUGGUGGGUGCAGUGGCCAUAUCCAUGUUCCCACUGUGGCCCCGUACUGUGAGAGACUACGUCUAUUACCUAAGCUUGGCUACAGCAUUUGUGCUGGGGACCAUCUUUGCUCUUGCCUUGUUGCGACACGUUGUUUUCUUCAUCGUGUGGGCAUGUACCAUGGGGAAGCAUCACUUCUGGUUCCUACCAAACCUGACGGAAGACGUAGGCAUACUAGAAUCGUUCUGGCCACUCUACCAGUACGAGUACCGUGGAGCAGAAACAGAUGCCAAGGUUAAGCAAAAGAAUUCCUCGGAAGAAACGGCUGAGGAAAAACCCUCGGGAGAGGGCGAAGAGAAUGGCCAGGGAGACAACGGUUUUGAAGUACUGGAUCAUCCAGAAAAGGAUAAGGAAUGCUGAAGGCAGCGAGCACUAACUGGGGAGGGGGAAGGAUCCAUGAGAAAGAAAGUAUAUUUGGCAUAUUUCCCGCAUUUAUGAGCACGAUGAAAUGAAUGCAUGUUAUUUUGUGUAAUUACUUGGUCAUCAUUAUCCCUCGGAGUGCAUCACGAAACAAUGUGAACUGGAAAAUAAAGUUAUGGGCAUUUA